CACCUAGAGGGGCGGGGAGAGGGAAGGCAUUGUUGCCCCCCUUCUGAGCAUGCGCAGGUGGUUCCGAGUUUGCUCUCCCCCUGUAGUAUACCAUUGAAAGAGUAAAAGACGGAGUAAAGCAAAAAGCACCUGCACGGCCAGGUAAGGAAGAGAACGCCCACAUUGCAGCCCUUUCGGGAGGGGAGAUAUUUUGUCCCUGCUUUUCUGCUGUGAUCUUUGUGGGCCUCCCGCUCUUCCGGCAAGACACACUUUCUCGGUUUGCUACUCAAGGCCGUUAGCCGGCUUUGCGCAGUCUAAAGGGCAACGUGCAGCCACGUCGCUGUCUAUGUUGCCAUCUUCUUGCGAGGUCAGAAGCUCAGCCGUCCCAGCCUCAGUCACUGGAAUGUUGCCCUUCACAGAUUGGAUGCUGGAGAAGCUGGCGCUGGAGAAGACUCUCUUCCGGACCAUGGCUGUUUCCAGCCUGUGGCUCUCCUUCCUGGCUUUGCUCUUCCGUGUGCUUUUGAAGGCCUUUGGCUUAUGCCACUGCUAUUAUGUCAACUGCCAGAGACUGCGCUGCUUCCCAGAGCCACCACCCUGCAACUGGUUCUUACGGCACCUGGGCAUGAUUCAGCCCUGUGAGGAGGGCAUGGCCCAGAUAUCCCAGCUGGUUGCCACCUUCUCUCAGGCAUUUGUGAUGUGGAUGGGGCCCUUCUUGCCAGUCCUUGUCUUGGUUCAUCCUGAUUAUAUAAAACCAGUUACAGCAGCCUCAGCUACUGUUGCUCCCAAAGACAAGCUCUUCUAUGGCUUCCUGAAGCCCUGGCUUGGCGAUGGGCUGCUUCUGAGCAGUGGGAAGAAGUGGGGACGACACCGACGGAUGCUCACCCCCGCCUUUCAUUUUGACAUCCUGAAGCCUUACAUGAAAAUCUUCAGCCAGAGCACGGACGUCAUGCACGCCAAGUGGCACAAGCUGACCUCAGCAGGCCCUGCCUCCCUUGACAUGUUUGAGCAGAUCAGCCUCAUGACUUUAGACAGCUUGCAGAAAUGUGUCUUCAGCUAUAAUAGCAAUUGCCAGGAGAAAUCAAGUGACUACAUUGCUGCCAUCUUGGAACUCAGCACCCUUGUAGUGCAGCGGCAGCAACACCUGCUCCACCAUUUUGACUGGCUCUACUAUCUAACAGCUGACGGCCGCCGCUUCCGUCAUGCAUGUGACUCUGUGCACCGUUUUACAGCUAAUGUGAUUCAGCAGCGACGAAUAGCACUUAACCGCUUGGGACAUGAUGCCUGGCUCACAUCCAAACAGGGCAAAUCCCUUGACUUCAUUGAUGUUCUUUUGCUGGCCAAGGCCAUGACACUACAGCAAGUGGCUUAUCCUGGGUGCUGUACAAUCUGGGUCGACACCCCAAGUACCAAGACCAGUGCCGGGAGGAGAUUCAGAAUCUGCUACGGGGCCGGGACACACAGGAGCUUGAAUGGUGAUGGAUGGGGGGCAUGA